AUGGCACCAUCGAAGGCAUCCCUUGUCAUCCGUUCAGUUGACGAUGAACCAGCUUCCAUAUUGAUCGCCACUUUCCAAAACAUGGCUAAUAGUCUAGGGACGUCCGAGGAUGGUAAUGCAUCGGAAUUGUGUAUCCGACUUCAAUUUUUUGUUCGGACUGGUUUGGGGCGUAGGGUCACACUUGAAGUAGAAUUUCUACCGACGAAAAACCUUUACGACACGGGACGAAUAUUAGGCUUUCCUGUAUAUCAAGAGUGGUCUAAUAGCCCCAGUGAGAUUGCUGAUUCGCGAUCACCAACCCCCAAGGCAAUACCCGGGAGGCAUAGAAAGUGA